UUAGACUCCUCAUGAUUGAGCUCCAAAGCAACCUUGGGAUUUUUGAGGGCAAACCUGGACUGCUGCUCUUCAGCUACGAUCAAAAGGCUCUAGCUGAAAAUAAAUUUUAUACAGCAGAUCUAAUGGCCUGGUCCAUAAUUCACAAUGGACCAGGCAUUAAGUGCAUUAACAAGGAGCUUUUCAUGAUUAUGUGUGGCCAGAAACCAGACCUCACCACAUUUGAUCAUACUAAUUUCCUGGAAAAUGACCUUGCAGAAAAGCUGGCAAAGGUUGUUGGGUGCAGCUCUCCAGAGGAGCUGACGGAGCUUAAAAACUCCCUGGGGGACUGGAUUUGCGACUGUGGGGUACCCAACAUUUUCACAGCCUCCUUGAGUAAUCUGCCCACAAUUUAUGGGCAGUUAGUGACCCACUUCAUCUAUCACAGAGUGGCAAGUAUUAUCCAGCAGUUCACUUCUGGGCUGAACUCCUGUGGCCGGUUGUGGGAGGUAGUGCUUAAUAAUUGGAAAGCUUUCCUCCCCUUGUUUACCAACACUAGAGGUGCCCUAACAAGAAAUGAAGUCAGAGACCUCUUCAACAUUGUCUGGAGUUCACCAGGGAGCAACAGGGGAGACCUUGAAGAGGAGACUGUCUUCCUCUGGGAAUGCUGGCUAAUGUUGAUUCAAGAAGAAGAUGUGGGCAUAUCCUUUGAGGAGUUCCUAGUGUUUGUAACUGCAGCAGAUUCUGUCCCUCCACUGGGGUUUCAGCAAAAGUGCCAAGUGGAAUUUUAUGACCAAGAGGAGCCAACCAGAAGAAUUCCUUAUGCUUCAACCUGUGCUGACUCUCUACCUACCAAGAGGUGUGUUAGAAGAAGAGGAAUUCAAGGAAUUAAUGUUCCUUGCAAUAAAAGGAUCUCUCGGAUUUGGGAAGGUAUAAGCGUCACCUUUCUAAAGGAUCGGUUUACUUUCAUAAUGUUUGCUGAUAAUUUACUCAUCCUGAUGUCAGAUGAAAGAGAGGGGUUGUAACUGUUGUUGAGAGGGGUUUUAUUCUGGUGUAAUUGUAUUACAGUAAUAAAUGCUUAUGGUCAUUCAACAAAAGCUUGACUAAUGUUUUGCAAACAUCUAAAUCUUUAAACAAAAAUGAUAAAAGUUCUGGUAAAUAUUUUGGGUCAAGAUCUAAAUUUGUUUGGUCAAAGAUUAAGUAAAUUAGAAAACACACUUGGUGUGAGAACUGGGCACUUUUAUUUCAGAAGACUAACAUUAAGUCACAUGACCUUAAAUAAUGACUAUUAAAGUCAGCCGUG